AUGGACAGUCUAUUGAGGAAGUUCAACGAAGCUAGGACGCUGGAUCCAGAAUCCAUUGAAAGAAGCAUAGUAAAUGAGAUUGUUAGCACCGAAAACCCUUUCUAUUUGCCUUGGAAUGAGAGAGAUUACAGCAACCAAUUUUAUUCGAUUUACCAGCACAGACUGAAUGUUUUGAAGGAAAGAGUAGAAAAAGAAUGUAAUAAAAGAUGGGACGAUCAUUUUAGACUGAAUGGUAGACCCGUGAUGAGGAAGAAUAAAGUACUUGACAUUGAAGGUAAUGAGCCAUGUUGGUGUAUUGGUACGAUCUACUGUGAAAUGAAGUACAAACCGAAUAUUUUGGAGGAAGUUAUCAAUGAUACAUACAAUGCACCUGAUUUGGCCAAGAGUUAUACUGAUCCUGAAGGUAGUGACGAAAUUAUGUUAGAAGACGAGAGUGGUAGAGUGUUGUUAGUUGGUGAUUUUAUCAGACAGACGCCGUUUAUAACAGGUGCUGUAGUCGGUUUGCUAGGAAUGGAAGCAGAUGCAGGUACUUUUCAAGUCCUCGACAUAUGUUACCCUUCUCCAUUGAUCCAAAGACCGCUGCCAUCAAAGGAUAAUUUAGAGAUGAUGAAAGGUCAAAAAAUCGCAUUAGUCUCCGGUUUAAAUUUAACUACUACUACGCCUGAUCGUGUAAUGAGGUUACAACUCUUACAAGAGUUCUUAAUAGGAAACCUUUACAAUACCAGUAAAGUUUCACAAAUUGGGAAGUUGAUUAUUUGUGGUAAUCUGGUAGAAUUUGAUUUAAAUGAUGACAGAGAGACAGCUCAGGGUAAACUUUCUGAAAACCUGGAUGAAUUUGGAAAUUUUUUGGCAAAUACAUUACAAUCUAUUUCGAUUGAUAUCUUACCAGGUCGUAAUGACCCCAGUGAUAGAACAUUACCACAACAACCUUUGCAUAAAGCUUUAUUCAACGGUUCAAUCAAGAAAUAUAUUGAAAAUGUCGAUUACAAUAUAUUGAGUUUAGUGACAAAUCCAUACCAAUUUGAUUUCAAUGGGUGGCAGAUGUUGGCUACAUCAGGUCAAAGUAUUAAUGACAUUUGCAAAUAUAUUAUGCCUUAUAAAAAACAGGAUACUGAGGAUGAUGAGGCUUCUGAUAUUAGCUCCCAUGAUAGUUUGGAAAAUAGGUUAGAUUUAAUGGAAUGUACGCUGAAAUGGCAGAAUAUUGCACCAACUGCUCCUGAUACAUUAUGGUGCUAUCCGUACAAAAAUAAUGAUCCGUUCAUUUUAAAAGAAUGGCCACACUUGUACGUGAUCGGUAAUCAACCUGAAUUUGGUUCUCGCGAAACGAAAAUGAGCAAUGGAGCAAAGAUUAAAAUUAUUUCAGUUCCUGAAUUUAGUGAAACUGGUAAGAUUGUACUAUUAGAUAUGUCAACUUUGGAAGUUGAACUUGUUAGUAUUGAAUUAUGA